CUACUGUCAGUAAAAGUACUGCUACUGUCAGAAAAAGUACUGCUACUGUCAGAAAAAGUACUGCUACUGUCAGUAAAAGUACUGCUACUGUCAGUAGCAGUACUGCUAGGAGCAGAGAUUUUUAUCGUUGUGGUCCGACGGUUAAGCCACAAACGAAUGUCCGACGUC